AUGAUUGGCAUCCUGAGCGUGUACGGGCUCUGGGCCGUUUUCGGCUCCACGUUCAUGUGUCUGCCCGUGUCGAACUUCUGGAACACGGGAAUCUCGGUCGGGUGCAUGGAGAAGACGGCCUUUUGGUUCUCGAAUGCGGCGCUGAACAUUGCGACUGACAUUCUGAUCUUCUCGAUUCCGAUGCCGCUGUUGAAGCAGUUGCAGCUUCCAAAGAAGCAGAAGAUUGGACUCAUGUUUGUGUUUGGCUUCGGGGCUUUUGUAUGUGUGACAAGCGUGAUUCGUCUAAAGAGUCUACAUGAGAUCUCCGCCUCAACCGAUACGACCUUGGACGGAGUCAACGCUGGAAUCUGGUCUGGCAUUGAAAUCAACGUUGCGAUUGCAUGCGCCUCUUUGCCGUCCAUCAAGCCUCUCAUCUCGAGAGUCGCGCCUAGACUUUUCUCGACCCGCAGUACAAGCUGUAGCCGCUCGAACGUGAACAACGCACCCGACGCGCCACACUAUGGCAGCUUCGCAAUGAAGAGCAGCUUCGGGGGCAGUAAAUGCAUGGGAGGCUCAAAUGUUUAUGCGGCCGGCAAGAUAAACACCACGGGGGGGUCGGGGGAUAUUAAGAUCCAGAAGACGGUGAUCAUGCAGAGAGAGGUCAGACCCAAUUCUGAUGGUAGUGAAAGCAGCUUGGUGUUCAAGACGGAUUGUUACAGCGAAGAGCGGAACCAGAAGAUAACUCGCGAGACGAAAUCCACCAUACUUGCAGAGCCUCUAAUCGAGUCGAAUAAUAUGGAUAUGAUGGACGCGAGACCAGCCUCACGAGGUAGUAAUUGGAGUAUUGAUGUUGAGGACUUUGAUGAUAUGGUAUCUGUCAGCAAACGGCGGGCAGAAAUAUACCCUGCGAAGAAGCACGCCAGAUCAGUGGCCAAGCAUCUAAAUGUCCAGAGCGGAUUGGUGUUCCUCCCUGGUACUCCGUCAAAAGAGUACGAGGACUCGGAUGAAGCGGUACAUUUUCGCCAACGGCGGUACUUCUACUAUCUCAGCGGACUCACAAUUCCUGAUUGCAUUGUCACCUUCGAUGUUGGCCGUAAUGAUCUCCGAGCAUGGAUUCCUCCGACCAGUAGUGGCUUCCGUGUAAUCUACAACGGAUCAAGUCCCAGCCGCGAAGAAGUAAAGGAGAAUUCUGAUUUCGACCACGUCGACUAUAACAACAGACUUGACGAGUAUGUCAAGAGCUUCAUCCACCAUGAGGAGACACCUACCGUCUUUUUACUCCACAAGUAUCACGAAAUCUUUGCUUCUCAUGUGUUCCGACCUAUGCCAGCUGAGAGCGAGAAGAAGGUUCGAUUCAACAGCAAUAUCCUUAUGCCAGCAAUGAAUGCAGCACGAGUCAUAAAAAGCUCAUACGAGAUCAAGAUGAUUCGAAAGGCUUGUGCCAUUACUGCAAAAGCUCAUGUCAAUGUGCUGAAGCACGUCAAGGCUUUUAAGAACGAGAGUGAAAUUGAGGCUGUGUUUAUAUCCACUUGUAUCGCUCAUCAAGCGAAGCAACAGGCUUACGGCGUCAUCGCUGGCUCGGGCCCCAACGCCAGUACGCUCCACUAUAGCGAGAACAAUGAGUCGCUGGAGGGUCGACAACUGGUGUGCCUUGACGCGGGAUGCGAGUGGAAAUGCUACGCUUCGGAUGUCACGAGGACAUUUCCAAUCUCUGGAGAAUAUAGCACCGAGGCGAAGGAAAUCUACGACCUUGUCGCGAGGAUGCAGGAAGAAUGCAUUGCAAUGGUCAAGCCCAAUGCCGACUAUCGCGACAUUGACUCGAAAGCACAUGCGAUUGCCACUGAGGGUCUAUUGAAGCUUGGGCUUCUUCACAACGGAUCAGCUGAAGAGAUCUGUGUAGCUGGCGCUUCCAAAGCUUUCCUCCCGCAUGGUCUCGGUCACUACCUGGGCUUGGAGACACAUGAUGUUGGUAACGGGGGUCUUUUGCUACUCAAAAAUGUCCGGGGUAAGGAAAGAGACUGCCAGAUUAGCGUCUUUGCCGACGAUUGCCAUCUUUUCAGGGCUGCAUCUAUGCUCUUGCCAAACAUGGUUAUUACGGUCGAGCCGGGGAUCUAUUUCAAUCGAUACGCCAUGGAAGAGGUAUGGUUGAAAGAUGAUCGCAUCUCUCGUUACAUCAACAAGGACAUGCUCGAAAAAUACUACCCUGUUGGCGGUGUUCGUAUUGAGGACGAUAUCUUGGUCACGGAAGACGGCUAUGAAAAUAUCACGAGGGAAAUUCCCAAAGGUGACGAGGCUCUUCGAAUCAUCAAUGAGGGGAUGAACGAGACUGUGAUCGUCGAAAGGGUCGCCGCUCAAGAAGUACAGCGGAAGGCGGGGUGGUUUUGGUAG